GAGAAAACCCGUUUCUUCGCUACUCUCAGUCACUUGCGAUUCUGAGAUUGGCGUCAGUUGUGCUGAAAGCGAGACACGGGACACAACACGAUGCUGCGACUCUUCAUCAUCUUCGUGGUGACUGUGGCGGGAAUUGAGGGAUCACCAGUGCGCUUCCUAUCUGGCGGAUUCGAUCAGGAUGACUUCAUGUACGAGGACUACGAUCUCUACUACGACCAGAAACAGAAUGGAACGAGCAAUGUGAGGUUGAAUGUGGAUGGAGUGGCUCUUCUGGUGCCCGUCAGUAAAGCCCAGGGAGCUCAAGCCCUAUCCAUCCUGAGCCUAGCAGCCAUGGAUCUCCUAUCUGGAGGACUAGGAGACGACGGAACAGAUUACUAUGACCAAGAAAUCUCAGAAUCGCCCUACAUUGAACAUCUCGCAAAGCCAGAGAACACAGGAACAUCCCAGGAAUCGUCAGAAGUCUCCACAAUGGACAUUACACCACCUCCAGCCAAUCCCCCAACAACAGCAGCCUCUAAGGGCCAGGAAGCCUCCGCAGAGGAGAAUGAGAUCAACGAGGCAACAACCCUAACGCAAUUUGAAGGAAGUACCCGAAAGGGUGAGAAAAGGCGCUUCAAAGACUUCCACAGAAGAAAUAAACACACCAGACCCGUCAUUAGGCCCUUCUUCAAUCGUUUCCUGUCACGACUGAUGCCAGCAUAAAUCAUCAUCAUCCAGAGCACUUAUAAACCUCCUCCGGGGGGCAUUUUUCGCGCCAAUUGUCUCAUUAAAGCAAAAAAUCAAUAAAUUAUUUACAUUACAA